GCUGAUGGCAAAGCGUGUAAAAAUUGUUUUGUUGAAUCGCUCUGAACCACAAUGGCAGCUGUUUGCGUCUAGUUUGAAUUUCGGAUCAAACAAAGCUCAACUCCCAGUGUCAGUGCACCUUCCACUAUGGCCCGUACGAAACAAACUGCCAGGAAGUCUACUGGAGGAAAAGCUCCAAGAAAGCAGUUAGCAACAAAGGCGGCGCGCAAGUCAGCUCCGUCUACUGGUGGUGUAAAAAAACCCCAUCGCUACCGGCCGGGAACUGUUGCUCUACGUGAAAUUCGCCGCUACCAGAAGUCAACCGAGCUGCUCAUCCGCAAAUUGCCGUUCCAACGUCUCGUUCGCGAAAUAGCCCAAGACUUUAAGACUGAUCUGCGUUUUCAAAGUGCGGCCGUCGGAGCUCUUCAGGAGGCAAGUGAAGCGUACCUCGUAGGUCUUUUCGAAGAUACCAAUCUUUGCGCUAUCCAUGCCAAGCGUGUAACGAUUAUGCCCAAAGACAUACAGCUAGCCAGACGCAUCCGCGGCGAGCGUGCAUAAACAUUGCGGUUGCACUUUUUAAUGCAUUUUUCUGUCUAUUCUAAACUAUUGUAUACUUUGACAGCGUUGACAUGGUCGUUGUUUAAAAUAUAUAGCGUGUGAAUUUAUA